AAAAUAAAUAGUUCACUGACGAUCGUGCAUCCUGCUUCCAGAACUCUCCUUAUCUUAUACGCAAUUCUUGCCAAAAGAAUGAAGCACAAGAAGCCAUGCUCCAUUUAGCAGAAACUUGUAGUUCUCAGAAUUUGAUUUUUCUACCUCUGCGAGUCAGACACACUGGAGCCACUUGCGUAACAGGAAAAAAAAAAACGUUUAAUCGCUUCUAAACAAAAGUAUAUGAACCUUAAAAUGAAACAUGAACGUAACUGUCUAUUAUAUUUUAUUUAAGGAGCAUCAUCAAGCGGCUUUUUUUAGCAUGCGGAACUUGACAAGUGCAAUCUCUAAAUUUGAUAUUUCGUGAUUCCGAGGAUAUGGCCGAAAUUUGAUCGACUUCACUCAGUUACUUCGAGAUUUUUCCACGAUAUUUGCCAACUUCAGGGUAAGCGUUUCUUUCGUAAUAAAGACUUCCCCCAAAUGCACGUAAAUUUCACAAGAUGAUUCGAAUAGUAUGACUUAGUGUUUUUUUUAAGAGGACAUGAUUGCCUUUUGGAGGAAAUAACGUUUUAUCUUUCAUUUUGCUAGUGCAAAAUCCAGUCAUGGAAUUAAAAAUGCUAUUUGCUAAAAGAUUGAAGCAAAAAAAAGUUUCCCAAUUAUGAUUUCGGCAUCCUUUUAAUGAAGACGUUUAUGUUCGGUUAACUACUUUGAAAUUUAAAAAGUUUUCCACAUCCGGCCAUCCUAGCAAACGGGUAUCGUACAGUUUUAUGUGAAAUCAAGUCUUAAGAGGGGAUAUUUUGCACACGACUCCAGGGAACAACCAGGCCGAGCCGGGAGAAAAAAGUUCACACGGUUCAAAACCCAAAAUAAGAUAAAAGGGAAGGUUUGCAGGCGGGGCGCAAUACCUGCUCUUCGGUGAUUACUAGUCAAACCACGUUUUUAUGUUUUUUUAAUACGACAUUUUACUGAGUGUUAAUGCUAUCGUUCUUUGAGGGUUUACAAAAGGUCACUUCUUCCCAAAUCAGCUUUAUUUUCGAGUAAUAACGGUUUAAAUCUACAAACGCGAAAUGGAUAACGUGAAUGAGAAAACUAGCCUUUUGUCGGGACAUCGGGAGCUCACCAAAGAAGCCCGUUCCAACCCUUACAAGGCAUUUGGCGGGCAGACCCUGAACAGUUUCCCCUAUGACCUCAGCACGGUGGAGCUGCAGGGACAGGCGCGGCAGCACUGCCACUCGAAGCUGGGCGAGGCCCGUUGCGGGGAGCGCGAGAAGCGCCGGGCCCGCCUGCAGCUGUAUGUGGCCUCCGCGGUGUGCCUGGUCUUCAUCGUCGGCGAGGUGGUGGGGGGCUACCUAGCUCACAGUCUGGCCAUUAUGACAGAUGCAGCCCAUUUGCUGACUGACUUUGCCAGCAUGCUGAUCAGCCUCUUCUCUCUGUGGAUGUCAUCCCGGCCUGCCACGAAGACCAUGAACUUCGGCUGGCACCGUGCGGAGAUCCUGGGAGCGCUGCUGUCCGUGCUGUCUAUCUGGGUGGUGACAGGGGUUCUGGUGUAUCUGGCCGUGCAGAGGAUCCUCUCCAACCAGUUUGAAAUCGAGGGGGAAAUCAUGCUCAUCACAUCGGGCUGCGCUGUGGCCGUCAACAUCAUAAUGGGAAUCACCCUCCAUCAGUCAACAAACCUUCAUGGACAUGGCCAUGGCCAUGGGGCACACAGUCCUCCACAGUCCCACAAUGCAUCCCACAGCCACCAGCAGAACCCCAGUGUGAGGGCAGCCUACAUACAUGUGAUUGGGGAUUUGCUGCAGAGCUUCGGGAUUCUGGUGGCAGCCUAUAUCGUUUACUUUAAGCCAGAAUACAAGAUCGUUGAUCCCAUUUGCACCUUCCUGUUCUCUGUCCUGGUACUGUUCACCACCUUGUCCAUCCUGCGGGAUGUCCUGCGAGUACUUAUGGAAGGUACCCCCAAAGGGGUGGAUUUCAACCAUGUGAAGGACACUCUGCUGUCUAUUCCUGGGGUCCAGGCCCUGCACAGCCUCCACAUCUGGGCUCUCACUGUCAACCAGCCAGUGCUGUCUGUCCACAUCGCCAUUAAGGAGGACGCAGAGGGCCAGGCUGUGCUGAAAGAGGCCAGCCAAGUGCUACAGGCCAAGUUUGACUUCCAUACCACCACCAUCCAAAUCGAGAACUACUCUGACGACAUGAGGAGCUGUCACCAGUGCCAGGACCCC